AUGCCGCAAGCAAACACCACGUCGGUCGACACAGCCACCCCAAGACGACGACACCCUCGAUGCCCGUCGAAUCCUCACCGGCUGUCCACAGACCCCAAAGUCCCAUCUCCCGUUUGCCAGUCUACCACGUCUUUGGCUGCAUCUAGGUCUGCAUCUAGGACAAUGAGCAUUCUACCGGAAGCAUCGCUAUGCCUCGACCCCUCCGCGGUCUGCGCUCGUUGGCCGUCGCAAGCCCCCCGGGGGAGCUUUGGCUUCUGGCGAUCGCCAUGCCUCUUUCUGCUGUGGCGUUUGCCUUUUUACCAAUGGCGCUGCCUAGGAACUUAG